UACAUCAUUUACACCGUUGGUUUGACUUCGGCUCCUUCGUACAACUUCUAUUUUCACUUUAAUUGUCGUUAAUUCCUAAUGUUGUGAUUGCGUUUAUUUGUAGAUAUGUACCGCGGGGUCUCCGAUUACGUCCCGAAAGUGAAAAAGACUCAAAAACCGCAUAAAUCGUCCGCACGUAAAGGAGCCCCAUCGGGAAAUUACAAGUUUUCUAAGGUAAAUCCUGAUAAUCAAGAAUUUUGCUUAGGAAAUGUGUGGUUUGGAACCACCAAUAACUUAUUACCCUUAACUUGGACCCAUUGCGAUGCAGAACUCAAUUGGGAUAAUGAAAUGGUUAUUUUACACUUCGAUAAAGAGGUUGUUGUUGUAAAUGUUACGAUUGAGAUGCAGUUUUUGAAAGAUUUAUUGUUUAUAAAAUUAUUUAAUUUUGAUCUAAAAAUUGAAGAUGAAAAUGUAAUUGUAACGUUAUACCUGAAAGAAUUGCCACUGCCGAAAUUUUCUUCUAAAAUAGGAUCGGUUUUAAAGACUGUGUUUUUUUUGACUCAAAAUAUAUCUUCUGAUAAUAAUGAUAAAGCCAGUAUUAAAAGUUCGUGUAUAAUCGAGCAUUUUGAUGAUUUAUACAAAAAUAUUGCUGAAUUAAGAGAACCAUUCCCCAAUAAAGAAAUUAAUCACGUCCAAUUAAAGCCAGAAUUGCGACCUUAUCAACAAUCAGCAGUACAAUGGAUGUUACAUAGAGAAAGUGUAAUCCAAGAAAAGGAAAUAAUUAAUCCUUUAUACGAAAAAAUCACAUUAAACAACAAAACCGAAAUUUAUUUCGAUAAAUACACAGGGCACAUUGAGCCAUAUCCCCCCAUCAUAAAAUCAUUUCAAUCUUGUGGUAUCCUUGCUGAUGAAAUGGGAUUAGGCAAAACAGUCGAAAUUUUAGCACUUACACUAAUCCACACUAGACAAUCUAUUUAUCCCAUUUAUACAAAAAACGAGGUAAAUCAUUCACUUGAAAGUGAAACACCCACCAUUGAAAUUUCGACUAAAGUUCGUAAAAGAAAAUCAAAUUUUUCUGAAGAUAUCACUCACGUAAUUGCCGAAAAAAAACCUAAGCGGGAAAAUAAACGGGAAAAAUCGCUUCAUCGCCGCGCGUUAGAAGCCUGGUACAAUAACAUGUUGGGAUUAAACAAAAAUGUGGAAAAAAAGUCGUUACUUCAAUGCGUUUGUGGUGAUAAGAAGGAGGAGGAUGUUGUUGAAUGUUCAAAAUGUGGGAAACAACAACAUUCGGGUUGUUUGGGGUAUCAAGAAAAAUUUGGUGCUUAUAUUUGCCCUCAAUGUUGGAUUCAAGAGCCACUACUUGUAUCAAAAGCAACAUUAAUAAUAACCCCUAUAUCGCUAAAACAACAAUGGUGCGACGAAAUUUGUAAACACGUCAAUGGUAAUUUCAAAGUUUUACAAUACGGAACGGGUCAAAACAUUCAAUGCGUUUACCCAACGGAUUUAUUAGAAUACGACAUCGUAAUAACAACUUAUAACGUGUUACAAAGCGAAUUAAGACUUCGCGAAAACGGUGAACCGAUUUCGUUGCGGCGCCCAUCGAAAUACGCCUUACCAGGAAGUCCAAUUUCUUUAAUAAACUGGUGGAGGUUAUGCUUAGAUGAAGCCCAAACGGUUGAAACUCCAAACUCUUUAAUUUCGGUUAUGGCUAAGAAAUUAAGCGCGCAAUAUCGUUGGGCCGUCACGGGAACUCCAAUUUCGAAGGAUAUUUCGGAUUUAUUUGGAUUAAUUGAUUAUUUGCAAAUAACUCCGUAUUCCGAUGAAGAUAUUUGGAGAAAUAUUUUGUAUUUACCUUAUAUUAAUAAUCGAAAAGGGAAUAUGCACCGAUUUUUAUCAACCAUUUUAUGGAGGACUUCAAAAAAUGACGUUCUCGAUCAAAUUAAUAUUCCUUCACAAACCACCAAAGAGUAUUGGGUUAAUUUCACCGCGGUGGAAAAGUUUUUUUACGACCGCGAACAAGAAUUAAGCACAACAGAAUUUUUUGCAACCCUAAAAGACAUCGAUUUAACACUACCUCUUAAAUCAUUAAACAAAUCACUUUUAAAGAAAAUAAUGAUCCCUUUAUUAUCUUUACGUCAAGCUUGUGUUCAUCACCAAACCGUGCGUGGGCGCUAUUUAGCUACGAAAAAAUCGGUUAAAUCGAUGGAAAAUUUAUUAGAUGCUUUAAUCGCGACUAGUUUAGUUCAAUGUGAGGAAUCGUUGAGAUCUUUGGUUUCGGCGAUGAAUGGUUUGGCGGGACUUUUUUUGAUUCAAACUAAUCCAAAAGCUGCCGCGGAUAUGUAUCGAAAAGUGAUGGCGAUUUCUAAAGAGUAUGUGCAAGAUCAAAACGAAAUUGGGUUAGAGGUCGAUAAAUUACAACAAAUUCAUGUCCUUUACAACUUAAUAGAAAUCUUAGAAUUGCACGAAACGAUCCCGAAAUGCGUCGAAGACGAUAAUCUCAAAUGUAACUUAAAAAAGAUUGAGGUUGAAUACAUCGAAAAAUUUAUGAAACCAGUUUUAACAACAAAACGAGAUAACUCCGAAUUUAUAUCGCAAAUUUCCGAAUUACAAAACAAAUUUGUUUUAGAACCGGGACAAUGGUUCGCGGAUGUUUUAAAUUUAAUAACUGUAAAGAAUUAUUUCUCGGAGUAUUACAAAAAAUUUUUAGCGUUAUCCUCAAAUAUCGUUUAUUCCGAUAAUGUAGAUAACUACAAUACCGAACGUGCAAUUUUGUACGAAGUUACAACAUGGGACGAAAAAUUAACAUUAAAUAAAAGCAUAGUUGAAUCAUCAAUAAACGAACUUUUAGUAUUCAAGGAAGAAGAUGAUUCUUACACGAUUCCAGAAAAUCUAAUCAAAUCAGCUUGUGAGUGCCAUUUAAGACCAGAAAAAACCAAACGAAAAAAAAUUAAAGAAAAAAUUUGCCCAAUUUGUUUUGCCGACGUAAAAUUAAAAGAAUACGAAAGCUGUUUAUUUAGUAUGACUUUAAAUCGUGAUGAUAACGCGGCAAAUACCGGAUGUUGGAAACCUUGUGUGCAAGAAACGAUGUUACGAGCUUUAUUAAGCAGCGGAAAAGCUUUAAAAGCUGACAAAUCGCUUCUUCACGAUGCCGCGAUACAUUUAGAGAUUCUCGAGUUAUUAAAAAAACAGUUCAAAGAAAUUCGAAAAUUAUGGCGGUUAAUUGAUGAUGUGGUUAAGGCGAAAGAUGAGCUGAGUAUGUGUAAGAUUCGUUUGCAAUUAAAGGAAAAAGAAAAUGAUGAAGUUUUACCCAAAAAUUCUCAGUACAAAAAUAUUCUUAAAGCUUUAGAUAACGAUAUAAAAAAUUAUAACGAAGAUAUUCAAUAUUUAGACCCAACUGAAAUUCCAUAUCAAUUAGCUCAUUUAAGCUCACAAGAACGGUGUUCUCUAAAAAUGUUAGAUGAAAAUAUCGGUACUUACAAGUAUCUUCGAACGCUGCAUAAACAACAAUUAAAAGGGGAAGAUCCUGAUCCUUGUCCCAUUUGUAAGUGUGUUUUAAAUUUGCAAUGGAACAUUAUGACUUGCGGACAUUGUUUUUGUAUUGAGUGUAUGCAAGUUCUUAUUGGACAGCAAAUUGGUUUUAAUAAACGCCAAUUCAUCAGUUGCCCAGUUUGUCGAAAAACAAUUCGCGUUUCUGACAUAAGUUACAUUCAUAAAGAUUCAAAAGAUGCUACGAAUAGCUCGAAUCAAAUCAAAGGAAACUGUUCGUCAAAAGUCGAAGCGAUCGUUCGUUUAAUAUUAGAGUUAAAAGAAGAAAAUGCACACGUAAAAAUCUUGGUGUUUUCAACUUGGGCCGCGUUACUUAAACUAAUGCAAUCGAUAUUUAUAUUAAACGAUAUCAAAUCGGAGGUUUUACAAAGUGGUAAUUUCGAUAAACCCCUUUCAAAUUUUAAGGAUACGUCAAAAGGUGUAACGGUUCUACUUAUUCCGGUUAAUUUAGGUGGGAAAGGUUUAAAUUUAAUCGAAGCUACUCACAUGAUUUUCACCGAACCUUUAUUAAAUCCUGGUGAAGAGUUGCAAGCGAUUGGAAGAGUUCAUAGAAUUGGACAAACAAAAUCUACGGUUGUUCAUAAAUUCUUUAUUAAAGACACAAUAGAAGAAAGAAUUUAUCAAACGCUUGCCUCAAAGUCAAAGGAAUGGGACACAAAUCUUGUUACUUUGGGACAUUUCAAAGAACUUUUUGAUUUUACAUCUCCAGAAAUUUUACCGACGAAUGAAUCAGAUAGCGAGAAUAUUAUGGAUGUUAAUGAACCAAAUGAAGUAGUUCAAGAAGAAAUUAUAUAGAAUUAGUGAUAGUUAUUUAAUUUCACUGCCAAAUUAAUCCGUUUUUUUUUUAUUUUCAAAAAAUUAUUAGGUUAAGAAGAUGAUUCUCUGUGAUGAUGAACUUGGCUUCACUUAUUGUUAAAAAUGAAUCAUUUGGGAUAUUUCAAAGAAUUUUUUAAUUUAAAUUUAUUGUCUCCAGAAGUUGUAGCAAUUCUCACUAGGUUAAGAAAAAUGAUUCUCUGUGAUGGUGAUUCUCUUAUUGUUAUAAGUUUAUUAUUACACUUGAAAUAGAAUCAUAUUUGCAAAUUAA